AUGAAAAAGCCGUUCGCAUCCAACCACGUUGUUCGGCAAGUUUGGAAUUCUUGUGUCCCGAUUAAUGAAUCAGUGGAUGGAAGGACUGAUCAUGUCCCAGGAAAUUUACAACCAGCUUUAGAUUUAGAGCAUAGGUUUCCAGUUGAUUUGCAUCGGGCAGUGGUUUAUCGUAAUGCACCAUGGAAGGCUGAGAUUGGACGAUGGCUUUCUGGCUGUGAUUCAGUUACUAAGGAAGUCAGUGUUGUUGAGACAAUUAGUGGCAGGAGCUGCAAAAAUGACUGUAGCGGUCAAGGAGUUUGCAACUAUGAACUCGGCCAGUGUUGGUGUUUUCAUGGAUUUAGUGUUGAAGCUGUGGGAUUGAAAAGGUCAGAUGGCUACUGGGAAGUUGAUUGGGAAGGAUGCUCUGAGAGACUGCACUUGGAAUGUAACUACCCUAAAUCACCAGAGCUACCAUAUGGGCGAUGGGUUGUCUCAAUUUGCCCUGCUCAUUGUGACCCAAUGAGAGCAAUGUGUUUUUGUGGAGAAGGUACAAAAUAUCCAAAUCGUCCUGCAGCAGAGGCUUGUGGGUUUCAACUGAGCUUACCUUCUGAACCUGGUGCUCCCAAACUGGCUAAUUGGACAAAACCUGACCUGGACAUAUACACGACAAACAAAAGCAAACUAGGAUGGUGUAAUGUGGACCCAGCUGAAGGGUAUGCCAACAAGGUGAAAUUCAAAGAGGAAUGUGACUGCAAAUAUGAUUGUUUGUCCGGGCGGUUCUGUGAAGUGCCUGUGCAAUGCUCUUGUAUUAACCAAUGCUCUGGACAUGGGCAUUGCCGUGGUGGUUUUUGUCAGUGUGCCAAUGGCUGGUAUGGAACAGACUGUAGUAUCCCAUCUGUUACAUCAUCUGUCAGAGAGUGGCCUCAGUGGCUUCGACCUGCUCAGCUUGAUGUUCCUGAUAAUGCACAUCUCACCCGGAAACUUGUUGAUCUCAAUGCGGUGGUCAAGAAGAAAAGGCCCCUUAUAUAUGUUUAUGAUUUGCCCCCUGAGUUCAACAGUUUACUUCUUGAGGGGCGGCAUUUUAAGUUCGAAUGUGUAAACAGGUUGUAUAACGAUAACAAUGCAACAAUUUGGACAGAACAGUUGUAUGGUGGCCAGAUGGCACUCUAUGAAAGUAUUUUAGCUAGCCCAUAUCGAACAUUAAAUGGUGAAGAAGCUGACUUUUUCUUUGUACCUGUUCUUGAUUCAUGCAUCAUUACACGUGCGGAUGAUGCACCUCACUUGAGUCUGGAGCAACAUUUGGGUUUGAGGAGCUCUCUUACUCUUCAAUUUUAUAGGAAGGCAUAUGAUCAUAUUGUUGAGCAUUAUCCUCACUGGAACCGCUCAUCAGGAAAAGACCAUAUUUGGUUUUUUUCAUGGGAUGAAGGUGCUUGCUAUGCCCCUAAGGAGAUAUGGAAUAGCAUGAUGUUGGUUCAUUGGGGUAAUACGAAUUCAAAGCAUAACCAUUCCACAACAGCCUAUUGGGCUGACAACUGGGAUAAGAUUUCUUCUGAUAGAAAAGGCAAGCAUCCUUGCUUUGAUCCUGAUAAAGAUCUUGUGCUUCCUGCAUGGAAGCGACCUGAUGUCAAUGCCCUGAGCACCAAACUGUGGGCUAGGCCUCUUGAGAAGCGGAAGACAUUAUUCUACUUCAAUGGAAAUCUUGGACCAGCAUACCCGAAUGGACGACCAGAAGCUUCGUAUAGCAUGGGUAUCAGACAGAAACUCGCAGAAGAGUUUGGAUCAACCCCUAACAAGGAUGGUAAUCUUGGGAAACAACAUGCUGAAAAUGUAAUUGUGUCCCCAAUGCGCUCUGAAAGCUAUCAUGAGGAUUUAGCCAGUUCUGUUUUCUGUGGAGUAAUGCCUGGAGAUGGUUGGAGUGGUCGUAUGGAAGAUAGCAUUUUGCAAGGGUGCAUUCCGGUGGUCAUUCAGGAUGGGAUAUACCUGCCGUAUGAAAAUGUUCUCAACUAUGAAAGCUUUGCUGUCAGAAUUCGUGAAGUUGAGAUUCCAAAUUUGAUAAAGAUUCUUCAGGGAUUCAACGAGACAGAAAUAGAAUUCAAGUUGACAAAUGUCCAGAAAAUCUGGCAGAGAUUCUUGUAUCGUGAUUCUAUGUUGCUUGAAGCUGAGAGACAAAAAACUGCAUCUGGCUAUGUGGAGGAUUGGGCUGUUGAAUUCUCACGAUUGACAGAAGAUGAUGUCUUUGCUACAUUUGUACAGGUUCUACACUAUAAGUUGCACAAUGACCCUUGGAGGCGGCAACUUGGUCCUCAGAAGAAAGAUUUUGGCGUACCACGAGAAUGUUUACUGAGAACCUCCUGA